CCUGACGUCACCCAGCCCCUGAGCCGCCUGCGCUGAUUGGCUGGAGGUGACGUCAACCUCAUAUUUUUCUUUUUUUCCCUUCUCCUCUCCCAACUGAACCAUGACCUCAUCGCUUUAGUUCAUGAAAGUGCUAAAGUGCACCUUCUGUAACUAACUGCCCCCCCUCCCCUACACACACACAUACACACUUUAAGCUACCUAACAGAGAAAAAGCUAAUCUAUCCCUUCACAAGCCGACCACCUUUCCCGGUCAGUUAAACGGCUGAAGGAGCCGCUUCACCGCGCUUUCAUGUCUCGCUUGUUCCCGGCGCUGUCACCCUCUGUCAGCUGCACCGUCCCCCGCGACACCGCCAGGUAAACACCGGCCAGCCCCAUGACGACCCCGCCGCUGUCCCCUUCACACAUGGAGGCCAGUUGACCAACUACACAGGACACAGGAGCCGCGUGGAGCCCGAGGCACCAUGGAUCUCGCAGCGCCCGCUCCAGUAGUAGCCCUCCUCCACUGACAUCCUCUUCCCCAUCUCUUCCUCCUCCUUUCCCUUUCUCAUUUACCCCUCUUCCUCUACACCCCCGUCCCUUACUGGCCGUCGUCAGUGACCCAGAGUGACCACUCCGCCCCUCCUACAUCAUGGCGGGAGAGAAAGGGCCGACUAAACGGAGCGCCAUGGACAUCAAGCGCCUGGCGAGCCUCAUCCAGAGAGGAACAGGCCGCUUGCUGGUGAUUGACAGCAGGACGUUUUCUGAGUAUAAUGCGUCACACGUGCAAGGUGCGGUCAACGUUUGCUGCUCCAAGCUGGUGAAGAGGCGACUGCAGCAGGAUAAGGUGUCUGUCACUGAGCUGCUGCAGCCCAACGGCAAGGUGAAGGUAGAGCUGGGCAGGAAGCAGGAAGUGGUGGUAUAUGACCAGAGUUCCAAAGAGGUGGGUCAUCUGUCCAAAGACGGCUUCGUGCACAUUCUCAUGGGAAAACUGGAGGGCACCUUUCACAAAGUCUCCCUGCUCACUGGAGGCUUUGCUGCUUUCUCCUCCUGUUUCCCCGGCCUGUGUGAAGGGAAGCCGGCCACUGCUCUACCUAUGAGCUUGUCCCAGCCCUGCUUGCCUGUGGCUAAUGUAGGGCCCACUCGCAUCCUGCCACACCUUUACCUAGGCUCACAGAAAGAUGUCCUCAACAAGGAUCUGAUGGCACAGAAUGGUAUCACCUAUGUGCUGAAUGCCAGCAACACCUGCCCCAAGCCAGACUUUAUCAGCGAGAGCCACUUCAUGCGCAUCCCAGUUAACGACAACUACUGCGAGAAAUUGCUUCCCUGGCUGGACAAAACUAAUGAAUUCAUUGACAAAGCUAAGGUGUCAAACUGCAGAGUCAUUGUGCACUGCCUGGCUGGAAUCUCACGUUCAGCAACCAUUGCCAUUGCAUACAUCAUGAAGACAAUGGGCUUGUCAUCAGAUGAUGCCUACAGGUUUGUAAAGGACCGAAGACCGUCCAUAUCCCCCAACUUCAACUUCCUGGGUCAGCUGCUGGAGUUUGAGAAGGGCCUGCAAUUACUCCAAGCUCUAAAUUCAAGCUCUGAUGAUAAGAUCUCUGAAGGCAAUACUAAGCAAAACUCAGAGGUUAAUGGUGUCAGCACAGGUUUCGAGAUGAAUGGUCACCACAGCAACUAUGACUCAUCUGUGGCAGAGCCACAGAUCCCACCAGAACCCAAGCUACCAUCACCCACCUCCCUCCAGCAAGGCUUCAACGGCCUGCACCUCUCCGCAGAGAGGAUCAUGGACACUAACCGGCUCAAACGCUCCUUCUCUCUGGACAUUAAGUCUGUCUACUCCCCUAACAGUCCCCACUGCCUCAGCAUGGCACCCACACACUCUGAAGACGUCCCUAAGCUGUGCAAACUUGACAGCCCAGGAACAGGCACCUCUAAUGGUGUCUGCUCCCAGUCUCCCGUCCUAGACAGUCCCAGCUCCUCUGAUUCGCCGUUCCCCUCACCAGGCAGCGGGGGCAGCAUCGGAGGUUUGGGGUUUGGAGGAAGUGAAGGAGUCCAUCGGUCUGGUUCUUCCUCUUCCAGACCCAGGAGAAAACCCAAGCACAGUUGUGGCAGUUCCCCAGUCCACUCCCAACCACACCACCCCCCCCAGUCCCUCAGCUUGUCGCUGGACCACAAGAGCCCCAGUCUGGACGAGAACAUAAAGGGCUCCCUGCUCUUGUCACUUCCCUCUCUGCCCACUGUGGGGUCUGGGGCCAUGUGGACCAAACACAGAGACACUGUCCAGGCCACCACUCCUGUCACUCCCGUCACCCCCACCACAGAUGCCCCCUGGCACUUCGGGGCAGAGGAGGGCGGUGAGGGUGAGAUGGAGCUAGGGGGAGGAGGGGGUGGAGGGGGAGAGCAGUCGUCGGUGAGGUUUGGGAGCAGCUCGGCGUAUGUGGCGUUUGGGUGCAGCGAAGGUGUGCGGUUACGAGACAAAUCUCAGAAGGAGAAGCCCUCGGCGCCACAGACACAGAGAGACCACCGGGACUCAACGUCGUCGUCCACAGUGACCUUGUCCAACAGCGCAAACAACAGCGGGCCUUCGUCAGAGAAGCAGUUCAAGCGGCGCAGCUGUCAGAUGGAAUUCGAGGAGGGCAUUUCAGAGACACGGUCCCGGGAGGAACUGGGGAAGAUUGGGAAGCAGUCGAGCUUCUCCGGGAGCAUGGAGAUAAUCGAGGUAUCCUGACAGAUAAUGGACAUGAUCAGGGCUGUCCCUUGGGGGCAAAAAUGGACCUGUUUAGAAGGAGUGCAAGAAGAGGACAUAUGAGGGGGAGCAGAAGAGGUUUUUUUGUGUUCCCCUCACAGACAGUGUUAAAGACUCCAACUGAGAAAAUACAAAGCAGAGAGUUAAUGUGAAAAGGUUAGCAGGCGAACUAGCAUUCGCACCUGGACAGACAGAGCCUGAGAUGUGGUGCUUAGCAGACCAUAAUCAUCCUGAACUCUCAUACAAAUCUGAAGAAAAGUCUGGGGGAGGGUGAGGUAAAUGGGGUGACUGUAGGUACUGAAACUCUUCAUUUUUCUGAGCUCUGUCACAGAUAAAAAGAAAUGACCCAGGGCAAAUGUCAAGUUGCAUCCUUUAUUAUAUAGAAUACCCCUAUUUUGACAGAGUUCGGACACGAACUGCUUGCCUGUGGUCAAAUGUUAGUGUGCUUCAGUGGGUGUAUAGCUCGUGAUUUGAACCAAGACCCCUGUUUCCUCCCGAAGCUUCACCCCAGUGUCUGAAAAGCCUCAGAACCUCGCACGGCUACGUCCGCCCCCUUUCCCAGUGGCUCUGCCUGCUUCAGACUCUGUGUCAACUGCAUCAUCAACAAUAACAGACUCCUUAACGACACCAUCACCUCACAUCACCACAGCACAAGGCAGAGAGAUCCCACGGACUCCCUCUCUCUAUACUAAGGACUUCAUAAGCGGUACUGCAUCCAAAAACAAUGAAGGAUCGUCAGCAAUUUUCACCGCGUUGAUAAAAAGACUUUGAGUUGAAGACGGGCAGUGCCCCCCCCGCCCCUGACCCCUCUCCACACCUCUGCCCCCACCCCCAAAGCACGGUGUGUCUUUUCUGACUUUGGCUCCCUUGUUUCCAGUGUUAACAACCCGAUGGGACUGAGGUUUCAGGAUGGUGAAGAGGGUUCGCUUUAUUGGCCCUUGAGCUCCUUUAUUGACUCCCCCAAGCCCCCUCCCACUGCUCCACCUAUGGUCGCCACUGAGCAUGCACCCGAAAGGCUGACAACAGAAAGACAAAUACUAUAUAUACAAUAUGAAUAUAUAUAGCAAUUUUAAUGGACUUCUAAUGGACUCUUUUGUUCAGUUAUAGUUUUAAUUUAUUGUAUUGGUUCAUUCUGGUAAUGAGAAAUAAUAUAAUGUUUUGUGGAUUUAUUUCUUUUUUCUUUUG